AAAAAUGCAGUAUUCUAUGUUAACUAUUUGAAAUCUUUAUACAGUCUUGCAAGUCAAAUAUUUAUAAAACCUUGUUUUUUUCUAUAAAUAGUAAUAAUACAGACAUGAAGAACAAUAAAGAUAAUUAUAUUGUCUCCCUAAUUUAUAAUUUAACCCAACUAAAAAUUGACAUAAUAAGAGAGUGAGCCUUGUAACAUCCAGAUAAUAAUAAAAAUACAUUUUUUCUAAGAAAUACUAGAAGAAACAAAAUGCGACGCGUGAUUUUAGAUGUUGAUGUAGGCUGUGAUGAUUAUUUGGCAAUUCUCCUUUUUUUACAUGCAGAAAAACUAGGUUUAGUUAAAAUAGAAGCCAUCACCUGUGCAUCAGGCAACACUAGUGUUGAUCAUGUAGUCAGGAACACUGUGCGUCUUUUAGAAAUAACACAAAGAACUGACAUUCCAGUUUUUCAAGGGGCACACAAGCCACUAUUAAAGCACGACCAGGAAUUGAGUUAUUUUCAUGGAAAAGAUGGUUUGGCUGAUUUAACUUACGAUAAAGAACCGGAUUUGUCUAUAGUGAGACGAGAACACGCAGCUGAAGCUUUAGUGAAUCUGGUUGUGAAUAAUCCUAAAGAAAUAUCACUGAUAUGUCUGGCGCCUUUGACAAAUAUCGCUCGAUCGAUAAAAAACAACGAAAAAUUCGCUAGCAGCCUUAAAGAUGUUUGGAUAAUGGGAGGGAAUUACACAAAGAAUGAUGAGAAAUUAUUGGAUAUACCAGUAGAAUUCAAUUUUUCCUAUGAUCCAGAAGCAGCGUACAUUGUACUAAGUUCUUUGUCGAAUUCUGUGUUUAUUCUACCGUGGGAAGCAACGCUCAAACCGUCAAUCAGUCUGGAUUGGAGAUACGACAUUCUAGGAGGUAAAACGCCUGCCUUGAAACUGUUGACAGAUGUGGAAAAAAUACUAUACAAAGAUUAUCGACCGAUCUGGCAACCUUGCGACGCUUUUAUAGCGUUCGCGUUCCUCGAUCCGGAAAAACAUAUCGUCAAAUUAAACAAAGUAAACGCGACCGUCGUCACUGAUAAUAAAAAUAAAGGAUUACUUAAGAUUGAGCAAAAUAAAAUAGGAACGGACGUUGUAAUAAUAGAAGACAUUCACGAAGAAUAUUUUAAAGAUUUUUUACUGAACAUGUCAAUAUAAAUAUCGUUAAAAAAACAUCGAUUUGUUAGCUAAUUUUUUUUAUUUUAUGAAUUACAGAGAAAAAGUGUUUUCUUUUUGGUUUAGUAAAAUUUCUAAAAAAUAAACAAUAAGUAAAUAAAGCUCAUUAAUAAUUCUUAGUAAAGGUAAUGUAGGUAUAAUAUAAAUAUAUAUAUUUUUUAAUAUUAAGUGGACUAGAUCAAGUGACUGGAAUUCAAAAUUUCAUUAUACUGGAAUAUAUUUUUAUAGAUCUUCUA